AUGUUAGAAUCAACUGGCGCUGUAGUCGCUACACCAAAUACUAUCCUUCCAAAUUCAAAUGGGGAUAACUUCGAAAAGGAAGAAUCAAAAGUCCCUCAAUCCAUAAUCUCAAUACCUAAACCAACUACUUCUGAACAACUUGAACAGUUGAUAUAUCGUUAUAAAAUUAUUUCUCAUAAUCCUAAAGAAAAUGAAUUAGAAAUUAACUCUAUUGAAACUUUGUUGGGGAAAUUGUCAAAGGAUCAAGACAUAUUUAAUGAAGAUAUAGGAAGAGUAAGAGAUAAUAUACGUGCAAGUCGUUCCAAAUCCUAUGAUGGUGCAAUUUUAGCAAAUCAACUAUUAGCAUUGCAACUAUUAGAGAAAGAUAUUGACAUCCCUGAAAAUUUAUUAAACAAUAAUAACACUCAACUUAUCGAAGACUCAAAUAUAACUAAUGGGGAUAACAAGAGUAAAACACUAGAAAUUUUGAAAAUUUUUGGAGAUUUUAACAAAACCAUUAAAAAUUUUGAUUUGGAAUCUCAAUUCAAAAACUCACCCCAAUCUCAACUGGGAGUCCCUGAAAUUGAAACCACUAUAUCAACACAAAUUGCCAAAAGAAUUGCCGAAUUAGAACGAUUACCAGCAAACUUGGGUACAUAUUCCCUAGAUGAUUGUUUAGAGUUUAUCACUAAGGAUGAUUUACCUUCUGGUAUUGACAAAUUGAAAAUCAAAGCAUUAGUCGAAUUGAAAUGUUUAAAAUUGUUAACGAAACAAAAAUCUCUUAGACAAAAAAUUAUUACCAACACUUCUACUCAAGCACAUCAUAUCAUACCUUAUUUACGUGAUUCUCCAUUCACUUUAGCGGCACAAAGAUCUGUUCAAGUUAGAGGGAAAGUUAUCGUUCCACAGACCGCAAGAAUUGCCGAAGAACUUGAGAGACAACAAUUAUUGGAGAAACGAAAGAAAGAACGUAAUAUUCAUAUGAAGAGAAUUAAUAAUAUCAGAGAUGCAAUCCAGGAGGAAAAAGAAGGUACGUUUACUCGUCGUGACCGUUGUGCGCAAUUUGGUAAGUUAAUGCUCUCAACACAUGGUCAAAUCGAAAAGGAAGAACAAAGAAGAAUUGAAAGAACAGCAAAACAACGUUUGGCUGCAUUGAAAUCGAACGAUGAAGAAGCGUAUUUGAAAUUGUUAGAUCAAACAAAAGAUACAAGAAUUACACAACUUUUGGGCCAAACUAAUACUUUUUUGGAUACUUUAGCAUCUGCUGUUAAAGUGCAACAAAAUGAAGCCAAAGUUGCCAGAGGUGAAGAAAUCAGUGUCAAUAGCGAUGAAGAAAGAGAAAAAAUUGAUUACUACGAAGUGGCCCAUACUAUCAAAGAAACUGUUGAUAAGCAACCAUCUAUCCUUGUUGGUGGUUCAUUAAAGGAAUAUCAAUUAAAAGGUUUGGAAUGGAUGGUUUCCUUAUAUAACAAUCAUCUAAAUGGUAUCCUUGCAGAUGAAAUGGGUUUAGGUAAAACUAUUCAAUCUAUUUCUUUAAUAGCAUAUCUGUUCGAAGAGAAAAAGAACCCAGGUCCUUAUUUAGUCAUUGUUCCAUUAUCAACAAUAACAAACUGGACAUUAGAAUUUGAAAAAUGGGCUCCAACUUUGAACACAAUUAUUUAUAAGGGUACUCCAAAUCAAAGACGUGCCCUUCAAUAUAGGAUUAGAAAUGGGGAUUUCGAUGUAUUAUUAACGACAUAUGAAUAUAUUAUCAAGGAUAGAGCUUUACUAUGUAAACAUGAGUGGGCUCAUAUGAUUAUUGAUGAAGGUCACAGAAUGAAAAAUGCUCAAUCAAAGCUUUCAUAUACCAUUCAACAUUACUACAAGACUAGAAAUAGAUUAAUUCUAACAGGUACGCCUUUGCAAAAUAACUUACCAGAAUUAUGGGCUUUGCUAAAUUUCGUUUUACCUAAAAUUUUCAAUUCAGCGAGUACUUUCGAUGACUGGUUUAAUACGCCUUUUGCAAACACAGGUGGUCAAGAAAAAUUAGAGUUGACAGAGGAAGAAACAUUACUUAUUAUCAGAAGAUUACAUAAAGUGCUAAGACCGUUUUUGUUACGUCGUUUGAAGAAGGAAGUCGAGAAGGAUCUACCUGACAAGGUUGAGACUGUCGUAAAAUGUAAAUUAUCAGGUUUACAACAAACAUUAUACGAACAAAUGUUGAAACAUAAUGCCUUAUUUGUCGGUGCUGGUACAGAAGGUGCCACUAAGACAGGUAUCAAAGGUCUGAACAACAAAAUUAUGCAACUGAGGAAGAUAUGUAACCAUCCUUUUGUGUUUGAUGAAGUGGAAGGUGUUAUUAACCCAAGUAGAGGAAAUUCUGAUUUGCUUUAUCGUGUUUCUGGUAAGUUUGAAUUAUUAGAUCGUGUUUUACCAAAGUUUAAAGCAACGGGCCACAGAGUGUUGAUGUUCUUCCAAAUGACACAAGUCAUGGAUAUUAUGGAAGAUUUCUUAAGAAUGAGGAACCUGAAGUAUAUGAGAUUAGAUGGUAGCACAAAGGCUGAUGAAAGAACUGAUAUGUUGAAACUUUUCAAUAAACCAGAUUCUGAUUAUUUUUGCUUCUUGCUAUCUACCAGAGCUGGUGGUCUAGGUUUGAAUUUACAAACUGCUGAUACCGUUGUUAUUUUUGAUACAGAUUGGAAUCCUCAUCAAGAUUUACAAGCGCAAGAUAGAGCUCACAGAAUCGGUCAAAAGAAUGAAGUUAGAAUUUUAAGACUGAUUACUACCGAUUCCGUUGAAGAAGUUAUUCUAGAGAGAGCCAUGCAAAAACUAGAUAUUGAUGGUAAGGUUAUUCAAGCUGGUAAAUUCGAUAACAAAUCUACUGCCGAAGAACAAGAGGCAUUCCUAAGAAGAUUGAUAGAGAAUGAUUCUACUGCCGAUGAUGACGACAAGGCCGAACUAGACGAUGAAGAACUAAAUGAAGUUCUUGCGCGUUCAGACGAUGAGAAAAUAUUAUUUAACAAAAUGGAUAAAGAGAGACUUGCUGAAGCUAAGGCGGAAGCUAAGACUCUUGGAUUAAAGGCGCCGCUAUCAAGAUUAAUAACAGAAAAUGAAUUACCUGAAGUGUUUACAGAAGAUAUUGAAAAACAUUUGUACACAGAACCUGUUGCAUUGUCAAGGAUGAGACAAACUAAAAGAGUGUAUUACGAUGAUGGCCUAACUGAAGAACAAUUUUUGGAUGCCGUUGAAAAUGAAGAGAGUACAUUGGAAGAAACUAUUCAAAAGAAACGUGAACAAAGAGAAAAAAGGACACGCAAUAAGAUUGAAAAAAUUGCAGACCAGGAUGGAGAAAUUCCAACUUUAGAGAAUACUCCUGAAAUAGAGUCCAUACCAUUGAAACAGAAUGCGCAAGUAGAUUCUAUACCAUCAGAACAGGCUGAGCAAGUAGAAUCUACACCUGUUGAAGAAGUACAAGCGGAAGAAGAUACAACCAUUUCCGGACGUCGUAGAAGAACAAGAAAGAGAAAGGCGGCUACCGAUAUUCCUGAAAGUAUUGUUCCACUUGAAAACGGAACUACUAAUCAAACUGUAGAAAAGUCAAAGGAAGAACCUUCAAAGAAAAAACAAAAGUUCAAGGUUACUUUGAAGCUUAAGAAGCCUGCCCCAGAGAUCACUAAGGAAGAGGAGAAAAUUAAAGAGGAAGUUGUCGCCAUAGAACCAACUCCAAAGAAAAGAGGAAGGAGAAGUACAAAUAAAUCCCUUCCAAUUACUGAGGAUACCCAACCCGAACGUAAUAUUUCAGAUUUGGUGGCAUCUUUAAUAAAAGAAUUGCGUACUAUUGUAGAUAAGGAUGAUGACCAUAUUUGUACAGAUAUGUUUGAAAAAUUACCUUCCAAGAAACUUUAUCCUGAUUAUUUUGUAUUGAUAUCAAAUCCAAUUGCCAUCGAUACAAUUAUGAAGAAGGCCAAGAAGAAAGGAUACCAAUCGCUCGAUGAAGUUAAAGAAGAUCUAGAGACCAUGUAUACCAAUGCCAAAUUUUAUAAUGAAAAGGGUUCGUGGGUAUAUAAUGAUGCUGAUUCGUUGAAAAGUUUCUCAGAUAAAUGGUUCAAGACCAAUCAAUAA